AUACUUCAGCUGUUCGAGCGAUCGUUGGUUCCCGACGCUCCUCGCUGUUGGAAAGCUGAAAAUUCAAAUCUGCCAGUAUCCUAGAUUCUACAAAUCAAACAUUUUCUUGUGGAUUGAGCUCGAACCUCUCGAGUGACCAUGUCGAGAUCCGGUAGCCCGUUUUGUGAGAGUCCUCUUCACUGGUACGACAUCAAAGAUCCUUCAGACAUCUUGACCCACGACCCUGACGAUUUCAUUAUCGGAGAUCGCGUAUGGGUGAACGGGACCAAACCCGGUUACAUUCAGUUCAUCGGCGAGACGAAAUUCGCCGCCGGUGACUGGGCUGGAAUCGUGCUGGACGAGCCGAUUGGAAAGAAUGAUGGAUCUGUAUCUGGUGUCCGAUAUUUCCAGUGUGAACCCAGACGCGGGGUGUUUGCGCGCCUUCAACGGCUCACUCGCUACCCCAUGUCCGGUCAUACCGGCGCCAAUGAUUCCACGCUUCUCCAAGAGGCUCCAGGAAAGUCCAUCACUACCAGAACCGUCGUAAGGCCCUGCUCCCCAGGCGCUGUUGGUAGAGUCACUCCGACGUCUCCACCAAGAGCGGUCAUCACGAACACGGAAAGCGUCGCGGUGGACCACGGCUUGAGAAUCGGAGACCGCGUCAUUGUGAACGCGUCAUCUGGUUUCAAGAACGGUACGCUCCGCUUCAUCGGAGCCACUGAAUUCGCCCAAGGUCAUUGGUGUGGCGUCGAGCUCGACGAGCCCGUCGGGAAAAACGAUGGUUCGGUUAACGGAAAAAGGUACUUCGCAUGUCGCUCAAAGUACGGACUGUUUGCGCCGGUGCAUAAGGUCGCUCGCGAAGGAGGUCACACUACAACAACCGUGCACACAACGACUCGUACGACGAAGGUCACAUCGCCUCCUCGCAUGGUGACACGCACAGGUAGCCGAGAGAGUAUCGCCAGUAACGUCAGUUCUACGUCAAGCCACUCGAUACGCAGAAGCAAACCCCGGCUUGGGGUGACUUCUUUAGCCGCAGGGGAAAGGCAUUCAGGACAGCAGUCUCAACAGCAGGGCCAGUCUACUAAUAAACCGCUCUCCAGUAUACUCAGUCCCAAUCAGGGAGUUCUGCAAGAUGCACUACGCGAGAAAGAGGAGCACAUCGAGCAGCUGCUCAAAGAGCGAGAUCUUGAGCAGACCGAAAUCGCCAGGGUCACGGCUCAUAUGGAAGAAACGGAAGCGAAGCUCGACGCGCUCAGAGCGGAAUACGCGAAAGCAACCGAGGCCUCUGCCGAAGAGAGAGAUGCCCUCAAGAAACAGCUCAAACAAGCUGAGAGGGAAUGCGACGAGUUGAACAGGAAAAUCGAGGAUCUCCAGUUCGCGCUCGAAGAAAUCGAGAUCAACAAAGCUGAUGCCGAUCAAGAACGGAAAAACCUGCUGGAGAAAGUGGCUGACUUGGAAAAGAUGCUGCAAAGUGGAGCUGAUGCGAAGUCGCCCGAAGGUCAAGCGAACCUCAAACUCGUUGAGAUUGAAGCCAAACACCGGAAAGAAAUCGAUGAGUACAAAAGGAGACUCGAAGAUUCUCAUGGCGAAAUCAAAGCUUUCAGAGAUUCUGUUGAUGUGGAGAAGCGCGCACAUAAAGAAAUCGAGAAAACGAUAUCCGCAAAAGACGCGCAACUGAAAUCGUGCGAUGCCGAGCUCGUAAAGACCAGGAAAACUUGCGAGGAGCUCCGAGGUCGGGUGGAACAACUCGAGAAUGAGCUCUUCGAAAUGGCGGAGAAGAGCCAAGAGGUCAAGGGCGAAGAGAUCGAAGAGCUCCGAAAACAGCUCAGAGACGGCGAGAAGAAGUUGAUCGAGGAGCGCCAGUCCUUGCUUAAGACUCAGAAAGAAAGGACCGACCUUCUAGCACAGUGCGACAUUUUUGAACGUCAAGUGAAGGACAUUCAGAAGCAAAAUGACGACUACCGAGAAGAGCUCAACAGAGCCAGUGAACAAGGAGGUCAACUCACGACGAAGCUCGAGGGCGAAAUUGAAGUUCUCAAGAAGAAAUUGAGAGACGCGGAUGCCUCGCUCAAUCAAGAAAGAAACUUGAAGGCGGAAAUAUUAGACAAGAAGGACAACUUGGAAUUCCAAGUGGCGGAAUCGUCUUCAAAACUGGAGGAACUUGAGAAGAGUUUAAGAACAUCGAAAAAUUACGUGGAGCAGCUUGAAGAGGAGAAGAGAAAUUUGAAGGCUGAAGUCGAGUCUCUGAUUAGAGAAGCCUCUGAGAAAGAGUUCAAGGCUUUGAGCUCCGAGAAAACUUCAGAUGGUCUCCUGCAAGAAAAAAUUGCCGAAGCCGAGAGCUACCGGUCCCAAAUUAGCGAACGCGAUGACAAGAUCUCCCAAUUGUCCCGGUCGCUGAAUGAGAGUCAGCAAGAAGCGACUUCCCUCGGCAACGAAUUGGACUCUAUACGGUCCAAACUCGAGUCCGAAAGAAGGAACUCUGAGACUGCUCUCAAGAAAGCCGAGCACGAAUGUCAAUCAAUGCGAUUCGAACUGGAGAACACAUCAGAGUCAUUGAAAACGGAACUCGAUAAUCUGAAGAAGCUCUACGACCAAUCUUUGAAAGACGCCGACAUGUCCCGGAAAAAACUCAAGGCCAACGAGGAAGAACGGAACGAUCUUCAAGCGAAAAUUUCGAAACUCGUCUGCGACCUCGAAAACGCUCGUAGCACCAAAGACGUCGUUCACGGUGAAAUGUCAGAGCUUCGAAAGGAGAUCAGCGAUCUCAAACUGAAGGUUUGUGAGGUCGAGAACGCGAAGUCAACGGCUGUCCGCGAAAUGGAACGCGAGAAAGAAAGAUGCCGCAGCCUCGAGCAGAAACUCGCGAACUCGGAAGCUAUGAUGAACCGGGAGCAGGGCGAUGCUAAGAGGCGGAUAGAAGAUUUGGAGGAACGUCUGGACAAAGCCCAGAAUCUCCAUCGAACGCUGAAUGACGAACAUCUCUCGAAGAACCUUAAGUCGACGAACGAAAUCAACGAGCUUCGAGAUUGCAUCAGGAACUUGAAAGAUAAUUUAUCAGAUCUGGAACGCCAAAUCGCAGAAGCACGUCGUAAUGACGACAGUCUCCGCAGUGCCAAUGACAGAUUGAAAAACGAAUUGGAGUCUCUGAAUCGAAUGGUUGCUGCCGGUGACUCUGAACGCGAGCGUCAAAUGGAUCGAUUGUUCGACGAGAAGCGUUCCAACGAAAAUAAGCUCCAGACCGAACUCGAUAACGCGCUCAGCGAGGUUGAGCGACUCCGGAGAGCUCUCGACGACGAGCGUCAUCGAUUCGAGGACCUGAAAACCGAAGUCAAUAUCAAAUCGGACAAGCUCAACCGUGCGGAAGAGCUCAUCCAUAAGAACGAAGCAGAGAGGAAAGAGCAAGUUCUGAAUUUCAAAAGCCAAAUGGAAAACCUACGCAGCGAAUUCGACCGAUACAGACGGACGCUCGAGGAGAACCUCGAAGAGACGAAGCUCACCUCCUCCCAUAUCGAGGGCCAGCGUGAGGUUGUCGAGGAGCUCCACAGGCAGCUGUCUCUUAGAGAAGUCGAAGCCCAACAGAAAGGGUCCGAAAAUGCUACCCUGCUCUUGCGCAUCGAGGAUCUUGAAAGAAGGAAUCAGAGCCUCGUCAAAGAAACCUCUCGACUCGAAUCUGUGACUCGGUCGUCGCGAUCCCGCUCUAAGUCUCCAACGGGUGAUGAUGACAACUCAAGACGCAUACUCGAGGAGAAAGAUUCCCAAAUCGACUUCCUCAACUCAAUUAUCGUCGACAUGCAACGAAAGAAUGACGACUUCAGGGCUCGCAUUCAGAUCCUGGAAACGACUCCGGACGAGUUCAAAACAGCGGUCAAUUCACUGUCUCACAAACCGAUUUUUCGUUGCAGCUCCAAAAACGGAAGAGUGAAAACCGUGCGGCCGCCGAGACUAUUCUGCGAUAUCUGCGAAGUUUUCGACCGACACGACACCGACGACUGCCCGCAGCAGGCUUCGGAGGCCGUGGAUCAUUCGAAGAACCAAGGAGGUCGAGGGCCGUCGAACAGACCUUAUUGUGACAACUGUGAAACCUUUGGGCAUGACGCUUCCAAAUGUGAAAUCGAAGAGUAUUGA